UCAAAUUUUUGGUUGCAUUGAGCUUCAAAAUAAAGUUCCAAACUGAGUAUUGUUGUUGAAGACUACUGAUCCAAUAAGCAUACUGUUGUCAGCCUUCCAUUUCAUACUGUUGUCAGCCUUCCAUUUCAUUCUGUCUGUAUCAGUUUGACAAGUCUGAAAAAGCAUCCCGCCUCGGGCAUCGUCGCACAAAUAAUUAUUUAUUCGGCAGAUUUGCUGUUUGAGUCCGUUGACAGCCAGCUGGGCCACUACAUGCACUACGACGUCUAGCACUUCUUCAGCACUCUGGUCAGUCUGGAAGCCGCAACCCUGCUUCAGUUCAGACAGUACUACUAGUAGUAGGUGGCUGAUUUUUAUAUUCCAGUUGCACCUGGCCUUGCGACGUCGACGUAGAUCUACGUGCAUGCAUGUACCAGUGUACUGCGGAUGAAAUACGUGCAGUAAGAAAAAGUUUGUGAAUUCUCUGCAAUAUCGAUUUGCUCCUGAACGCGAAGGAUGCUUCGCUUGUCGACGAUCAUCUCGUCCAGAAUGAGCUGUAGUCGACCGUUGAUCGCUGCUUCGAACAGCAAAGCUUCAGCAGUACCAGCUGUACGCCUGACAGUACAAGCAAUGCGUCCGGCGUCCAAGAAAGCAAGCAGUAAGAAAGCUGCAGCAGCAGCAGCAGCAGAUCAGUCUGCUGCUAAUUCCUCGCCCAGCAGCUCUGCUGCAAGCAAGUCUACCGGAGCUGCAAGCAAAUCUGCUAGUGCUGCAAGCAAGUCUACUGGUGCUGCAAGCAAGUCUACUGGUACUGCAAGCAAAUCUGCUAGUGCUGCAAGCAAAUCUGCUAGUGCUGCAAGCAAGUCUACUGGUGCUGCAAGCAAGUCUACUGGUGCUGCAAGCAAGUCUACUGGUGCUGCAAGCAAGUCCACUGCUGCUGCUGCUGCUACUGCUGCUGCUGCUGCUGCUGCUGCUACUGCUGCUGCUGAUGUUGCUGCUGUUGCUGCUGCUGCUGCUACCAGUAGCUCUGGCACAGCUGCUGCUGCUUCUCGUGCUGCAACCGGUGCUGCUGCCAGUGGUCAUGGUGACGGUACAACUGUUGCUAAGAUUCCUGCUGCUGGUGAUGGUGCAGAGCCACCACCUCCCCCAUCGCCAGAGCAGCUGCGUGCUGUGAUAUUCGACUUGGGCGGAGUGCUGCUGCCAUCUCCGUUCCCCGCCCUCCAGGAGCUGGAAUUGAAGAUGGGAAUUCCGCCCGGCUCCAUCGGACGUGCCAUCUCAAUCAGCGGCAAAGACGGUGCGUUCGCACGCCUGGAGCGCGGCGAGUUGAGCACGAACGAUAAGGAGUUUAGCGACGCGUUUGCCCGCGACUUUGCCAAGUAUGGCUCCAAGGACGUGAGGCUGGAUGGCUUCUGUUUCCUGCGUACCAUCAACGAGUCCAUGUCCUCUGGCGUUUUGCCGGCCGUUUUGGAUGCUGUCAAGUGCCUACGUGCCGAGGGGAUCCGCACGGCUGUCUUGACGAACAACUUCAAGACUAGCGGUGGAGAAACCGUGUUGCCCUUCGACCCCGCGCUCUUUGACGUGGUGGUUGAAUCGUGCAAGGAGGGCGUGCGCAAGCCAGACCCACAGGCCUACAAGCUUGUGCUGGGCAAACUGGGACUGGAACCCUCCGAAGUGGUGUUCCUGGAUGACAUCGGUAGCAACUGCAAGGCUGCCGCUCAGUUGGGCAUCCACUCAAUCAGGGUACCGUCAACUCGUGUCCAAGCUGCUCUUCAACAGCUGGAGGCCAUUGUGGGUUUCCCUCUGAGUGGUUAUGUGGCCGGCACAAAGGCAGCACGUGGAAAGCACGCCCUGCCCACUGAGGCAUUGACGGAUCUACUGCGGAAAUCGCUGCCCAUAUCACAGCGCAUGCCCUUGAAUAUUCGCAAGUUUUCUCACGGUCAAAGCAAUCCAACAUACUUCGUCGGAGUCGGCGCCAAGAAGUACGUCCUCCGCAAGAAGCCGCCUGGAAAGCUACUGCCGUCGGCUCAUGCAGUGGAGCGCGAGUAUCAAGUAACAGAGACCUUGUACAAGUUUGGCGUGCCUGUGGCAAAGCCGUUGCUCAUGUGCGAGGAUGCCAGUGUUGUAGGCACAACGUUCUACAUCAUGCAGCACGUCGACGGGAGGCUUUUCAAGGACCCCAGGUUACCGGGCAUGACACCGAAGGAAAGAACGGACAUCUACAAGUCGAUGUGUGACGCGUUGGCGCGGCUUCACAAUGUGAUACCGGCUGAUGCCGGCCUUGUAUCGUAUGGCAAGGAAGGUCAGUAUUUGGAACGCCAGGUAAAGCGUUGGUCAGCCCAGUACCGGUCUAGUGAGACCCAUAGCAUAGAAGCCAUGGACCAUCUGAUCAACUGGCUGCCGAAGAACUUACCUACAAACGAAGUGCCAACAAGAAUCGUGCAUGGAGAUUUCAGACUAGAUAACUUAAUCCUGGCGCACGACUCACCCAAAGUCAGUGCCAUAUUGGACUGGGAACUGUCCACCCUGGGUGAUCCAUACAGUGAUCUGGCGUAUCACUGUAUGCCUUACCAUGUCGACACAAAUAUACCUAUGCUGGGAGGGUUGGAAGGAGCACAUCUCUCUUCCUUGGGCAUUCCCAGCGAGGAAGAGUACAUUGCAUGGUACUGCCAGCAUCGCGGCCUUAAACACGACUCGGUACCGCACUGGAACUUCUACCUAGCCUUCUCCUUCUUCCGGAUAGCCGCCAUAGUGCAAGGUGUUUACAAGAGAGCGCUGUCAGGACAAGGCAGUUCAGACAACGGUAAGAUGGCUGGUGUGCUGGUGGAGUACAUGGCACAACGCGGUCUGCAGCUACGCACACCUAAGCCACGCUCACCGGCUAAGAAAAGCAAGUUAUGAGGAGCAACGUGCGCUGGCUAUUUGUGCCAUCCUCAUCCAAGAUAGACUGAAAGGGUUAAUAUGUGCACAUCUGUAUGCGCCUGGGAGAAAGAAUGAGAGAGAGAGAGAAAGAGUUGGAGAGGUUGUGUAUGUGUGUGCGGGCGGGCGGCCAUGCAUGCAUGUGUGUUUGACUGUGGCUGGGCUCUCCCAAGCUCACGCCCACCGUCCGUUUUCUGCAUUCAUGGCUGUUCUAUAAUCAGGAGUUUGGGAUAACAAUAAUCCUCAGUUUGAUUCUGAUAAUCCUCAGUUUACUGCUGUCUAUGAAUGUAAAGACGCAGUAGAUGCAUUGGCGUUGAGUGCUUGCUGGGAAGAGUUUUCUUUGCUAGCCAUUUUCCUGCCGUAUUCUUUAUUCGCAGAUGUUAUACACGUUAGCUGGUUGUGUUGCCGUGUGUGUGUGUGUGUGUGUGUGUGUGUGUGUGUGUGUGCGUGCGUGCGUGCGUGUGUGUGUGUGAGAGUCUGUAAGAAAGACUUUUCUUGCUUACUUGUGGCAGCUUCUUUUCUCCCAUACACACACCUGUCUUCUAUCAACAGCAAGCACGUCCAUUGCGUCCUGUCUAUCACCCACAAGCACGUCCAUUGCGUACUGUCUAUCACCCACAAGCACGUCCAUUGCGUACUGUCUAUCACCCACAAGGACGUCCAUUGCAUGCUAUGCUACUCAUGCAUACACUGUCACUUCACGUAUCCACGGCGGCACCGCGGCCGUGUUUAGCUGCAUCCAACCCUAUACCCCAGUCAUUGGCCACAAGUUGUCUGACUUGAAAGCUUACCUGCCAUAGCACCGGCCAUUGUCUAAUACGUAGCAGUUCAUUUGCUCUGCUCGCGUUUAUCCUUGAUUUUUGAUUCCGUAGAUUUUCUCACCAUUUUGAUGCUGGUCAUCAAUCGUGACUUUAGAAAAUAUUUGUCGCUCUUUC